AUGGAGGUUGGAUGUUCUGCUGCCUCUACUCUUCUCUCUGCUCCACUUUCAGGGUCCAAUGUCACUUUUGUCAUCGUCACCAGUGGCCUGACCUGGACUGAAGCCCAGAGCCGCUGCAGAGCUAACUACACAGACCUGGCCAGUGUGAGGGACUUGGCAGACCAGCAGAAGAUACAGGGGAUACUAAAACGCGCAGUCUGGAUCGGCCUCUUCAGAGACCCCUGGAAGUGGUCUGAUGGAAGUAACUCCUCAUUCAGCUUCUGGAAGACCGGGCAACCUGAUAACAAGGGGAACCAGACCUGCGUGGCUGCAGACUUCAGCCAAUCAGGAGCCUGGGAGGACUGGCCAUGUGACAUGGAGAGAGCGUUCAUUUGCUACGGUCCAGUGGUUCCUGUUACAAAGAAAGUGAUCAAAGUGAAGUUUGAGAAGAAGGGGGACGUGGAUCUGAAUAACCCUGCUGUGAUGGCGGCCAUGUUGGAGCAGCUCCAACAGAAGCUGAGGGACCAGGGGAAGGACCCCAACAUCAAGCUGAGCUGGAGGAAGCAGGCCGAUGGACAGGUCUUCCACAAGGAAGACCAGAAGACCACCAAGAGGAGGAGGAAGAGGGACGAGCUGUAAUGUGGAGUUGCUGCGUCUCUUUCUUUCCUCUAAGAUGUGACGGAGCAGAACAGAGCUGCAACUAUCAGCUGAUUCAGAGUCAGUUCUGGAUCUUCUUUUUCAACCUGGACCCUAUUUUCCCAUGCGCAUGCUGCUCUAUACACGCUAAAAGUAGUGAUUAUUUACAUGGAGUC